CAGUUUGUAAUUCUCCACUACACGUAUAACCAAACUCACACCUCAACAAUAAUCAUAACGGUGUGUGUAUGGACGUGGCUGUGAUGCUGUGCACACCGCAUGGUGAGAGCUGAGGAAGGAAAAUGGCGUUACCUGUUCCUUGUCUAGCUGUACGGGGGUCCAUCGGCGUUGUUCUGAGCAAUGGCCCUCCGUCGUAUGUCGAAGUGUCGUCCUUCAAGAAGGACGACAAUAAAUCCUGCAAGGCUAUGACAUUCAGCCCGGACAGUCGCUAUUUCGCCUGGAUAUCUCACCCCUCCGUCAAAAUUGCCCUCUGCGACUCCUGGCAAAUUGUCGCUGUCCUUGAAAAGCCCAAAGUCUGUGCUAUCAAAUUCUCCAGUUUAGGAAAUUAUCUCAUGACUUGGGAACCUUUUAUUGUGUCUCAAACUAAUCCUCAAGGUAACCCACAACUGCAAAUAUGGAAAUCAGAGAAUGGACAACUUGUGAAGAGCUUCACUCAGAAAAGACAGAGUGAUUGGGAGCCACAAUGGUCCAGUGAUGAAAAGCUCUGUGGCAUCCGGAUAAAUGACGAUGUGCUAUUCUACGAAAAUGCAGACUUUGAAACAGUGAAGUAUAAAUUCAAUUCAAGGAAAGUAGGAAAAUUUAGAAUUGGUUCUGGAGGUCCUCCUUACCACGUCAUCUGUUAUUUGCCAGGAAAAUCUGCUGAGCCAUCAUUCGUUCGUCUCUUUGAAUAUCCAAAAUUCGAACCUGCGAGUUCCCUCGCUAGCAAGAGCUUCUUCCAGUCAGAUCGAGUUGAUAUCUACUGGAAUCAAAAAGGCACCAGUGCUCUUAUCUUAACGAGCAUGGAUGUCGAUAAAACUGGUAGCACUUACUACGGAAAACAGGCGUUGCAUUAUAUCAGUGUGUCUGGGGAGACUGCAAGGGUCACUCUAAGUGAUGAGGGUCCAAUUCACGCAGUAGAAUGGUCCCCGAAGGACACGGAAUUCUGUGUAAUCUACGGUUUAAUGCCAUCGAAAGCAACUCUUUUCAACCUAAAAUGCGAAUCAGUCUUCGAAUUCGGAAAGAAACAUCGUAACAGCAUUUACUACAACCCUCAGGGUAACAUCCUCUUGUUGGGAGGCUUCGGUAACCUUCGAGGAGGGAUAGAGCUCUGGGACACCUCCAAGAGAAAAUUGAUAGCUCAAGCUGAGGCUGCAGACACAACACUCCUGGAAUGGUCGCCAGACGGGCAGCAUUUUAUGACAGCAACGACUGCUCCUCGUCUGAGGGUGGCCAACGGCUUCAAGAUCUGGCACUACACAGGGACUCUUCUCUACGAGAGGCCCUGGAACAAGCAGGAAGAGCUAUGGGAGGUACUCUGGCGAGUCUACCCCCGAGGUACUUUCCCCCAGACGACGAUUAGCUACAAAGCGGUGGAAGGAAUAGCACCUAGUCAGCCUCAAGCCUCGAAGCAGGCAUACAGGCCCCCAUCGGCACGAGGUCAGACGAUAAACUUCAAGCUGCAUGAUGAUGAUGCUCCUGUUAAAUCACAACCGUCGAAGGCUGCGAUCAAGGCCAGAAGGAAGCGAGAGGCGAAGAAGGUGAAGAAGGAACUGGAGCAGUCAACAGCUCCCACCACCAACGGAGAGCCGAAUAAUCCUCCAAAGCCUCGUCAGAAGCUUUGUGACCCUGAUCUUACUGAUGAUUCUGAAACCAAUAAAAAGAUUAAGAAGAUCAAGAGUAAAUUGGAAGGAAUCGCUCAAUUGAAGGAACAGUUGGCUAGUGGAAAACAGUUGCAGGUCAAUCAGCUCGACAAAAUUAAAAAAGAAGCUGAACUCCUGAAGGAACUACAGGAAUUACUAUUGUGAUACAUCAUCCCUAUCCGUGGAAUAUCACGGUUUAUUUUCUAAUGGAUUGUUUUGGAGGGAAAGAAAUGGCCAUGGUGAUGAAAGUGCAGGAUGUAAUUGAGGGUGGUUGGAGUAAUAAGAAAGGUUGUACCAUGCCAACUGAUUUGAAGGGGGGCUAUGUCGGGAGCAGCAUUUUCAAUUUUUUUUAAAUUAAUAUUUUACUAGAAUUGAACAUGUGAAGAAAUUACAAAUUUUUCAAUUCUAGAGUUAAAGUGUAAAAAAGUUUGAACAAAAGAUCUAAUGUACACAGAUUAAUUCUUGUCUGAGGGAAGUAAAUUCAUUGUCAAUUUUGGCCAUUACAAUAAAAUCAGGGAAUGAAGAAA